UUAUCCGUGACUGUUAAUAGAACUUCUCUGCAAGUUCUCACAUUUUCUACUUACCAACAGAUUUAAUCAACAAUUACACAAAAUUUAUAUCUCACAUUCUAACUCUCCAGGGCAAUCAAUAUAUCAAAGUGUCCUGAUCUUGGCCAAGACAAGACCCAAAUCCAAACAUUCAGUACAUUUCUAUCGUAUGUUCUCACGUGGUUCGAAAAUAGCUCACCUAAAAAGGACCUCCAUGACAGGUCUGCCGUGAAAACCUAAUCUUCCAAUAUUUAUGACUACGUCCCGCCCAAAAUGGUUUGAAAAUCGCCCUCACUCUCUUAAAUCAUAGUAUGACUUCUGACGUUUCAGUAUCCGUUGGCCCAACUCGCUCUCUCUCGUCGUCUGUGCAAUGGGCACCAAUGGCGUCGUUGAUAUCUGGUCAGAAAUUGCUUCAACUACUAUAAAUGAAGAAGAAACACCACAACAACAACCAGAAGUUGCAGUAAUUUACAGAAGAAGAAGAGAAAGAAGUACUGAUAACGACAGUCACGAAAUAAGAGGGGUUUUCCCACAAAAGCAUAAUCGCUUGAAUUUGGCAGCUCGGAAGAUCAGUUGGAACCGUUCCCUUUCCAUCAGAGGAAGAACUAGUAUUGCCAUCUCAUCACCAUGCGUACGUUAUCAACCUCCAUUGAGACAACAAAAGGGAGUCAAAAGGAAACCGCCCAUCCCUAGAAAGAAGAAUGUGAUACCUACAAAUUUUGAAAAGGAAAAGGCAUACUUCCAAGAGGUUGACUCGUUUGAGUUGUUGGAGGAAAGUCCUUCACCUAAAACCUUCUGUACAUGGGAAAUGGGUGCUACCCAAAGUGAUUACUUAGUUUUACCGAAAUUAAACACCAGAUUGGGCAAAUGGCUAGUCGCAAAGAAUCUGAAUUUCAGUUGUGGACCUUCUAGCACGUUAACUAAUAUAUUGAAGACUCCGACGAUGCCAUUGGAGUGUAUCAACAGUGAAGGUCCCAUGAUAUCAGAGGAGAAAACCCCAGAAAGGGUAGCUCGAAGACUCUCCUUGGAUUUGCUUCCUCUACAGACCAGUUCAAGUGUCAUCGACAAGGACUCAGAAAAGAGCAAAGCAGAAGCUUCGACUAUGGUUGAUGAAGGUUGUGAAGAAAUACAAAAGUCAAUUGAAAGGCUUUCUUUGACGCAACGAUUGUCCUUUUUGGAUGAUAAUCAGCAGGAUCCAUUUAUGUCACUGCUAGCAGCUUGCAGGCAGUCCGCUCCUUCCACACUAUUGGACUUGUUCUCUCAGCACUGCGACCCUGGCAGUAUAGAGAAGAUUGGUGAGGGAACAUUUGGAGAAGCCUUCAUGGCUGGUGGGAGAGUCUGCAAAAUAGUGCCGAUCGACGGUGAUUUUAAAGUGAAUGGGGAAGUACAAAAGAGAUCCUCAGAAUUGCUGGAGGAGGUAUUGCUUUCCUGGGCUCUGAACAGUUUAAAAGGUCAAGAAGGCGAUUUAGAUAACACAUGCACAACCUUCAUAGAAACAAUAGAUGUACGAGUUUGUCAAGGUGUAUAUGAUGCUUCCCUCAUAAAAGCAUGGGAUGAUUGGGAUGUAACAAAUAAAUCAGCAAACGACCACCCUAAAGAAUUUCCAGAAGAACAGUGCUAUCUUGUUUUUGUCCUAGCGCAUGGUGGUAAAGACCUUGAAAGCUUUGUGCUCUCGGAUUUUGAAGAAGCCCAGAGCUUAUUGGUUCAGGUUGCAGCUGCCUUAGCUGUGGCAGAAGCUGCUUAUGAAUUUGAACAUCGAGAUCUCCACUGGGGAAAUAUCCUUUUAACUCAUACGCAAGCUGAAAGUAAAAAAUUUGUUCUCGAGGGAAGACAAAUGUGGGCAAGAACGUUUGGAUUGUCAGUAUCAAUAAUUGAUUUCACCCUUUCCAGAAUCAAUACCGGAGAAGCAAUACAUUAUCUUGACCUAUCUAACGAUCCAGAUCUGUUCAAGGGUCCUAAAGGUUGUAAGCAGUCAGAAACAUAUAGGCAGAUGAGGGAGGUUACUGAAGAGUGCUGGGAAGGAAGCUUCCCCAAGACGAAUGUGUUAUGGCUGCAAUACCUGGUUGACAUUUUGCUGCUGAAGAAAUCAUUUAGUCGAACUAAAAAUGAUGAAAGGGAUCUACGUUCACUGAAGAAACGACUAGGCACUUGCUGUUCUGCGAAAGAAGCAAUAGCUGAUUCAUCCUUCAGCAGCUUGUUGCUUGACCAUGACAUUUAACUGACACAAAUAGGACGAAGAAACCAAAUAUUAACUCAUCGACAGUAUUUAUCACCCUAACUGUUGUAAAUAAACUGUGUUUUGAUACUCUCACCGGAUGAAAACAUGGUGGCCAUGCUGUACAUGCCAAUCUGCAGGAUUUUUUUUAGAGCUCCCAUGUUAACUACUGGAAUAACUUAUUCCAUGUAGUUAGACCACAGCACAGCAGCCGUUUGGUGAGAGGAAAAAGAUUGUAAUUUUGGUUAAUAAUGUACUUGCUAAAUUGAUUGUUUCA